AUGAGUGCUGGAUCCGUGGAGGAAUGGGCGCAGAAGGAUAGCCUACAAGCCCUUUUCAACCGCAUCGACUCCAACUGCGAUGGAACCCUGAGCACAGAUGAGCUGCGGCGCGCCCUGUGCGCCAUUGGCCUAAAAAGCGCAGACGUCACCACGAUCUACAAAAUCAUGGACACCAACUGUGAUGAUCGCGUGUCGUACACAGAGUUCGUGAAGUGGUUGUUUCAUGGCUCGUCGGAGGCACAGGUCAUCACGAAGAAGGUAAUGGGUGGUCCAGCCACGGCUGCCGAAGCCAUGGACGAGUUUGUCUCCUACAUCCAGGAGCUGAAGGACACCCCUCCAGCGGAAGGUGAGAAGCCCACGAAGCUUCGGGACAUCUUUCGAAAGAUGGAUGAAAACGGAAGCGGCAAGAUCUCCUUCACAGAGUUUCAUUCGAGCUGCAAAUCUCUCGGCUUUGACAUGACCGACGAGAUGCUGAAAGAAGUGUUUGAUCAAAUUGAUGUCCAGAAAGCCCGGAAGAAGAAGAAGAAGCCAUUGACGCAAGAGGAGCAAGACGAAAUUAUUGCGGAAGCAAAGGCGAGACAAGCGGAAGAUCCCUCUGUGGAGAUUCCGGAGUUCAUGGAUGGCUUUCCGAAAGGAGACAUUUCCUGUUGGCUCAGCCAUGAAAAGGUCUACUAUUGCGGCUCCAACAAGAAGUAUCUGAAGCAGCGGCGGCUGAUCUAUGAUCCUUAUGCGUCGACGAACCGGGAUUUCGAGAUUACCUUUGCUGAGUUCAAGAAGGCCUUCAACGCAGUCAUCCCGACCAAGAAGUAUCAGCAAAUCGGGCUUAACUACAGCUUUCUCAGUGAGAGUGUUGAGAAGGAGCCCUACAAGCCUGGCAGAUACUAUCUCGGCGUCACGAACCGGUUCAUCAAGUUUCCUCGGACAGUGCAGUCCAUCAGCUUCAUCGACGAUUGGGCGGAGGGCCUCCAGGGUCCGGCGUUGCAGAGCCGGACAAAGGACGGCCUUACCGUUCACUUGGAAGUGUCUUUCCAGUACAAGCUGAUCUUCAGCCAGCUCUACAGUUUGUGGGCAACUCUUGGCCACGACCACUAUGAGACGACCUUCACGCGGAUGGCCAUGGAGCAGCUGUCUACAGCCACGACGCACCACAAUGCGCACUUCUUCUUCAGGAAUCGCACCUACGUGAGCAGAGAGAUGCAUCGAAAGCUUGACGAACAUUUCCGAAAGCACGCGUUUGCAGAGGUGCCCUUCUUCCAGCUGCGCACCGUGCACUUGCCGGACGAUUUCGAGGAUGCAAUCAGAGAGACCCAGGUGCAAGAGCAGCACAUCCACAUAGCACGUUUGGAGCAGCAGAAGAAGAAGGUGACCUUCGCGACAGAGGUGCUCAAAGCCGAGCAGGCAGUAAAGAAGAUCAACAAUGAAGCUGAGGGCGAAGCCACGGCAACGCUGACCAAGAACCGGGCGUAUUGUGAACAGUACAAGUUCACCCAAGAGGUCCAAGCAGAUGCCCUCGAGCACCUUGUCAUGCUUCUGAAGCUUUCGGAGCCGCAGCCCUUUGCUUGGAUCGGUCUUGGCAUCCUACAUCCAUCCGCCAUCUGUACGAUGAACACGGCGGCCUUCGAUGUCGAGAGUCUCAGCCCAGGCUACCCUCCUGACAGCCCUCCAGUGCCGCGAUUCUUCAAGUCCAAGGAGUCGAAGGUCGUGAAGGCGGUGAAGAGGGAGGAAACGCUCGAGUCCGUCAGCCAAGGCAGUACAGACGCGAGUCGAGGUUGUCGAGGAUUCUUCACCAACUAUUCCGACGAUGAGAAUUCAGAGCCGGAUUUGAGCUCGAACGCCUUGAGCUUGCGUGGACCCCCAGGACUUUGUCAGCAAGCGCCACCAGUUACGGCUGCACCGUCGUUGGAGUCAUCGGCAAGCCAUGCAAGCCCAACCAGUCCGAACUCGGGACGUGAGAUUUUCCGGCGUCUCCAAGAGCUGGAGACUUUGAAGGCGGCGCUGUCGCAGUUGGAGGCGGAGGAGAGGAUUGCGAUUGCUCAAGCCAACGCACGGCCAGACCCGGCUCUCAUGGCGAGAAUGCCAGCUUCGAUGUUGAGUUCUCAAGCGAUGUUGCGGGCUCCGGAGCUAAGCGGUCUGGGUCGUUCUUGGCCUCCAGCGGCUCCCUUGAGCCAUAGCCAGAGCUUCCAGCCGUCCCUCCUGUCCACGGUUGCAAAUCCCAGCUUCCAAGACUUGCAAAUUCCGCCCUUGCUCGGGCCGUCUCUGAGUGGAGCCGUUCCUGCAGCUCAGGCUUUCGUCUCAGGGCGAGCCGACCCCGACCCAGCCCCCAUCAGCUCAACCGGCCCAGCCACACACCGGAAGCAGGCUCCGGCAGAAUUCGCGGUCCAGAAAGGCAUCAAUCAGGAGUUGCUCGCCGCCUCUGCCACCGAAGACGAGGGUUGUGCUUUGCAGGUCCUCGCCGUUGCCUCCAAGUAUGUGGACCAGAUGAACGGCGUGAACCUGUCGACGGCGAUCCAUCGCAUCGCCCGCGCCUGUCAGCGCUUUAAGAACUCCGCCGAGCAGGUCAGAAAGGCUCCGAGCUUCGUGUCCCUCGUCGUGGCGGCAGAGCGCAUGGUCCUACAGGAGCUGGAGCAUCGGGAUUCACAGAUGCCAGUGAAGUGCUGCACCAUCAUCGCUUGGUCCUGCGCCAGCCUCCGUGUCUUCCGGAAUUCUCUUUUCAAGGCCCUUGCUCGGCUGGCAACAGUGUCCCUCGAGCAGUGCCAGUCCUACGAGAUGACGAAUAUCAUGUGGGCCUUUGGGGAGCUCUGCAAGAGCCGUCGGCAGCUGAGCAAAGAUUUGAAGGAAGACCUCCGCAACCUCUUGGAGGCGACGUGCAGUGUCUUCAUCGCCAGGCCCAUUGGAUGGAAGCUCCAGGUGCUCAUGUCUGCCCUCGUUUCCUUGACCAUCCUCCCUUGGCAGCCCUGCAGCCAGCGCCUCUUCACAGACAUAGCCAGAGAGGUGGCCGGUCGCCAGCAGGAGCUUGCCAAUGAGAAGACCAAACCAUUGGCCAUGGCCUUCCAUGAGCUCCGCACCAAGAAGCCCCAGGCCUUCAAGGAGAUCAUGAUGGCCUUGCAGGACUUCCCCGACUUCGUCGCACACCCCUCGCUGCGGGGCAACCGCUCCUGA